UGGUGGUUGGCAGCGUUAGUGCACGGGUCAUUUGCAGUACAGAUGAAAUUAUAUCCAAUAAUCUACUUGCCAUCCAUCUUUCUCUCACUGUCUAGCAUUUCUACGGAAUCUGGGAUGAUCAAGCGUAUCAAGAGUAUUAUUUUCAAUGCGAGAGGGCAUGCAUUUGUUUUGGUAUUAUAUGUACAAGAAGCUCUGCUGUAUCAUGUAAAACGUGCCGACAUCUGGCACAAUUUUUCGCCCUAUUUUUAUCCGUUCUAUUUAUCAUACAAUGAUCCUGUGAUCAGUUGCACCAGUUUUUUGGUUUCUGUGCUCUUCUGGUAUAAAUUAUAUGGUCCAGUAUAUGUACAAGAAGCUCUGCUGUAUCAUGUAAAACGUGCCGACAUCUGGCAUAAUUUUUCGCCCUAUUUUUAUCCGUUCUAUUUAUCAUACAAUGAUCCUGUGGUCACUCAAUUCAUUGGCUUGUAUGCUUUUGUGCCUCAGAUUUUGCUCAUUGCCUGGAUUGCUUUCAGUUUUCACGAGGAUCUUCCAUUUUGUUGGUUCCUCACAACGUUGGCAUUCGUCUCACUCAAUAAAGUAUGCACGAGUCAGUAUUUCGUCUGGUACAUUUGCCUACUCCCAAUCGCUCAACGAACUAUUGAGGUUAGCUUGCUUUAUCUUUCUGCAGGAUACUCACCUUGA